GUCCAACCCCUUGCGGCGCAACUGAAUAAAACAGGAAGAGGGUCUCGCUCCCCAAGCAACCAAUCAGCUUUCAGGAUUCAUGCCAUCGUGAAAAAACUCCCUUUUCGGAUUAGAAAUGCUUGAUUAAGGAGUGGAAGUGAAAAGGGUGGAUGUUGAUAAGUCAUGUCGCAGCAACGAGUCCUAACCCAAAGUAAAGAAACUCUCCUCCAGUCCUACAACAAGCGGCUGAAAGAUGAUGUCAAAUCCAUCAUGGACAACUUUACAGAAAUAAUCAAGUCUGCAAAAAUCGAAGAAGAAACCCAAGUGUCUCGCGCUACCCAAGGCGAACAGGAUAACUACGAGAUGCACGUCCGAGCGGCAAAUAUUGUCCGAGCUGGCGAGUCCUUAAUGAAGCUGGUGUCCGAUCUGAAGCAGUUCUUAAUCCUUAAUGACUUUCCUUCGGUCAACGAAGCCAUCAACCAGCGCAAUCAGCAAUUGCGGGCUCUGCAGGAGGAAUGCGACAAGAAACUCAUCGCCCUGCGGGACGAAAUCUCCAUCGACCUCUACGAACUGGAAGAGGAGUAUUACUCUUCCAGCUACGGCGUCUGCGAUGCCAGCAAUCUCUCUCUUUCCGAAGCCUACGGGAGAGAGGAAUCGGCGGGCUCGCCUCUGGAAAGCCUCAUCACUUCCCUGGCUGCUGCCGCCAGCGCGAUGGAGCAGAAUCUUCCCGCCCCGCAGGCCUCGGUGCCUUCACACCCUCACAUCAACGGGCAUGGGGUGGGCGCCCCCGAGCACUCCUAAAAAGGGAUCGCUCCCCGCUCCGGGCAGGGGCGGCAUUUCAACAAUAAACUUCAGCAACCGAAAUAUCGGAUUCAAUCCGUAAGCCGAGGGGCUUAUACUUGGAGUUUUCAUUCUUGAACGGCACUGGAAAAAAAACAACGUUUUUCACGUGGACGAUCAUUGCAGCCUCCCUGUGGUCGCACGAUCAGAAUUUGGACACUUGGCAUCUGGUUCCUAUUUACAACGGUCGUAGCAUCCCAAGCUCAUGUGAUUCCCCUUUUGCAACCUUCUGAUGAGCGACGUCAAUAGGGAAGCUAUUCACUUAAUAACCGGGAUAAUUUAGCGACUACAGCGAUUCACAACAGUGGCGCAGAAAGAUCGUAAAAUGGAGCACAACUCACUUCGCUACUGUCUCCUUUAACAAAUUUUGGGCUCCCGUCGUAAGUCGAGGACUAUCUGUAGAAGCUGUCUCCUUGUUGCUCUUGUGUUUGCAACGCGGUUUUGAUAUUCUGGAAAGCUUUUUUUUUUCUUUGCGCACAGCGUGACUACUAUUUAGAGGCAACUCGGGAGCAAAAUACAGUACACAGGUUUUGUCUUUCAAACAGUGGUUUAUAUACAAGACUUAUAUAUACCUACAUACACAUGUUAGGCAAAUACCAGGCAAGCAAUCAGUCUUCUACAAGGAGAACCACAAUGGAGAUAGAAGACGAAGAGACACAUUCUCACAUGGCCUCCUUUAUAUAUACAGCUUCUUAAAGUGGCAGUAACCCUGCUGGUUCAUCCUCAUCCUCAUCUCGGUUUACAGCCUUAUAACAGCUUGUUAGUAUUAAAUCAUUAUUACCCUGACAUAUUUCACAUCAUAACCCAGAGAUGUUUUUAAGAUGCUCAGACUAGAAAAAAAAAAUGACCUGUGUUGUGAGAUCUAUUUUUCCCUGACUUUGAGAAGGAGAAAAUGUCAGGACCUCCAAAUAUUGUGACAAACUCUAAAAUACCCAGCCAACAGGGUUUAAGGUACUGGAAAGCGAGUUUUAAGAGACCUACACCUUUUCCACUAGACAUGUGAUUUUAAAAAUCAGGUAACCUUUAACAGUGUUGAAAAUGCGAAGACACCAAUCAGGUUUUUUUCUUCUGUUCAUGGAAAAAUUUACUAUGUUUUUUUAAAAAUACUGUUGAAAUAAAGGUAGCUGAGUUUGGUAGUG